AUUGAGUUUCAUGAUUGCAUCAACUUCCGUCACAUGGUCAUCCCCAAUUCUGGUGAAACUCAAUGGAACAGAUGAUAAUCCCUUGGGUUACAUUAUAUCUAAAACAGAAAAUAGCUUCCUGGCUUCGAUAAAUAUACUUGGAGCAAUAAUUGGUUCCAUUAUCUUUGGACUCCUAGGCACGAAGUAUGGCAGAAAGAGCUUGCUGCUAUUUCUUGGUUUACCGUCCCUGAUAUUUUAUCUAGUUAUGGCAUGGUCAGAAGUUAUGUGGUUGCUCCUAGUCAGCAGAUUCAUAAUCGGACUGAGCUUGGGAGGAAUUUUCACCAUCUUACCCAUAUACUGCGGUGAAAUUUCAGAAGCAAAGAAUCGUGGAAUUCUUAGUGCAUCUAUGACAGUAUUCGUGAAUAUUGGAAUGCUUAUCCCUUAUGCACUAGGACCUUUCAUGCCAUAUUUCUGGUUCCACAUAGUCCUAGCAGCCAUAAGUGCCAUCUACAUCCUGCUAUUCUAUUUUGUAGCUCCAGAAAGCCCCUAUCACCUCAUCAAGACUGACGAAGAUGCCGCAAGGGAUGUAAUGAUGAAGAUCAGGAAUAAAGAUGAUGUCCCAUAUCUUUUGAAGGAAAUGAAGGACAAUUUGAAACAUAAUAACUCCAACACAGAUUCAUUCAGAAGUAAGGCAUUCAGAAGAACUCUCAUUAUAGGAUUUGGUGGCUUCACUUUCCAGCAGCUGACAGGAACAGUCAUAGUUGCUACUUAUAGCCAGACAAUCUUCGAGGAUGCCGGAAGUAGUAUUCCACCAGAACUUGGCCCCAUUCUUGUUGCUGUUGCACAGUUGAUAAUGACAAUAUUCGUAUCAGCUAUAACAGACAGAUACCCCAGGAAAUAUCUACUAACGCUAUCCCAUCUGCUGGUUUCCUUGGUACAAAUACCAUUCGGUGCCUACUUCUAUAUGAAACAGCAUGAUUGUGACGUCAGCAAUAUUGGAUGGUUACCAUUGGCAUGCUUGAUGGUUUACGUUUGCGUGUAUAAUAUCGGAGUGGGGCCUGUACUUAUAACUUUCCUAGGAGAGCUGUUUCCGCCGAAGGUGAAAGCACUGGCCAUUUCCUCUAUGGUGACUUAUAAUUGGACUGGUGCGUUCCUGUUAACAACCCUGUUCAACACCUUGAAAGACUCAGUUGGAAUAGGAGUCCUCUUCUGGAUUUUCUCCGCUUCUGGUUUCAUCUCAGUAAUUUUCAUCAAUUCAUUCAUGAUUGAAACCAAGGGAAAGACUCUGGAGCAAAUACAGAUCGAAUUAAACUCUUGAAAACGAA